AAGCACGUUUUGGAUGUGUUAAUUUAAUAUGUUUUGAAAAGCGAGGCGUGUACAGUGGGUCAUGUAGUUUUCAGUUAGUUUUGAUUACUUGUCAUGUCGUUCUGCACUUGUUGGGCGGACAUGGUCCUCGUUGGUUAUUUAAGCUUUGAAAGCUGAAAUGAACGUUGGGUUCAAAAAGUGCACUGAUUCCCGGUCUCUGUCGUAGCCCCCGAACACAUCUGAAGAGAAGGCUGCUUAUGAGUUGGUUAGCUUGUUAGCGCUGUGGAAAAACAUGCAAUUAGCUCUAAGCAAAACCUUUGGCCAGAAGCCAGUUAAAUUUCAGUUAGAACAAGAUGGGGACUUUUACAUGGUUGGAUCGGAGGUUGGAAACUAUUUGCGUAUGUUCAGAGGCUCUCUGUAUAAAAGAUACCCAUCUUUAUGGAGGAGAUUGGCCUCGGUGGAGGAGAGAAAGAAAAUUGUAGCAUCAUCACAUGCCACUAGUGUUACACUGCUCAAGGCAUCAGAAUGUGAAGAAAUCUUUGAGGGUAAUGAUGAGAAAUACAAGGCAGUGUCCAUCAGCACGGAGCCCCCAGCUUACCUCAGAGAGCAAAAAGCAAAAAGGAGCAGUCAGUGGGUCCCCACGCUGCCCAACAGCUCUCACCAUCUAGAUGCUGUGCCUUGCUCAACCACAAUCAACCGUAACCGAAUGGGCCGUGACAAGAAGAGGACCUUUCCCCUGUGUUUCGAUGACCACGACCCUGCAGUAAUCCAUGAGAACGCAGCCCAGGUAGAGGCUCUGGUUCCAAUUCGCCUAGACAUGGAGAUAGAUGGACAGAAACUGCGAGAUGCCUUCACGUGGAACAUGAAUGAGAAACUGAUGACCCCAGAGAUGUUUGCCGAGAUUUUGUGCGAUGACCUGGACCUGAAUCCCCUGGCCUUUGUCCCUGCUGUUGCCUCAGCCAUUCGUCAGCAGAUUGAGUCCUACCCCACUGACAGCAUACUAGAAGAGCAGGCAGACCAGAGAGUCAUCAUCAAGCUGAACAUCCACGUGGGGAACAUCUCUCUGGUGGACCAGUUUGAGUGGGACAUGUCUGAGAGGGAGAACUCCCCAGAGUCAUUUGCGCUGAAGCUGUGCUCUGAACUAGGUCUGGGAGGAGAGUUUGUCACCACUAUUGCCUACAGCAUUCGUGGUCAGCUCAGCUGGCACCAGAGGACCUACGCCUUCAGUGAGAACCCACUCCCCACAGUAGAGAUUGCCAUCCGCAACACAGGCGAUGCGGACCAGUGGUGCCCCCUGCUGGAGACCCUCACAGAUGCUGAAAUGGAGAAGAAGAUCCGAGACCAAGACAGGAACACGAGGCGUAUGAGACGACUGGCCAACACUGCUCCGUCCUGGUAGAAAGAGUCUUGAAGCUGCAUGAGGUGAUGUAUCCUGUGGAGACUCCUGUUACUCUGAACUGAUCAAGUAAAUACACAGAAUUAAACACACAGGUCAUUGAUGAAGCAUCUGGACAUUCGCAUGAAUGCAGAUGUGGUCAUUCACCACAGCGCCUCACUGACCGAACGCAACACAUACAUCGGCUGUUCCUCUGCACACACAGUACACGCUGAGCAGCCAAAGCAUUAUGACCGAUUUGGCUCUUGUCAUUUGCUCAGGUCUUUACAUCUGCCCCUUUCUCUCACUUCCCAACACGUUGACCAUCUAAGAUCCCAGACCUUGACAUGUGAUGCUGUUGCAGCAUGAGCAGUGUUAUCUUCUGAGUGGUUGUAAUGUUUUGGCUCAUCAUUUUUCACUUUGUCUUUUGGACAUCAGUCAUGCGACAACUCGCAUCUAAUUGCUGUUUGCCACCGAUGGUUUUCUUGUUACACAAACCACUGGCAACAUUCACACUCAACACAGUAUUAAAGCACAAUGACUCAAUUUAAUGUAUGUGUAUAAAUGGUUAGUGAAAUGACACCACGGGUUUAUGUUACACUGGUCUGGACAGCAUUCAUAUAACGGCAACAGGACAACGAUGACAAAUAGUUUAAAGUUUCAUCUGACCACUUGGGAUUAUUGAGACAGGGUCGACAGAAGAAUUUUCAAUCAAAAAUAGUGAAAAGGUGUCAUGCAGUUUUGUUGUCCCACUUUCCCAAAUCACUGUCAGCUGAACAUGUUUUGGUCUGUCAGACACACCACCAUGGGCUCUGGGAAGUUGUGAUGGCUACUGUUUAUUUUUUGGCAUUUUAUAGAUGCAGCGAAUUAGUUCAUAAAAAACAUAAUUAGCGGGUUAAUCAAUAAUGAAAAUAACUGUUAGUUGUAGCCCUAGGUUUUAGGUGGCAGAGGAACUUUGAGUAGUAGUUUUUCAAAAUGGCUUUGCACCUCAAACCUUUAUUGGUGGAUGACUGUAUGAUCACCCUGUGUGUAGGCCCUGACUUUGGCGACUAAUAGUGGGAAGACCAAAAUAUAAAAGAAGUCCCACUUCUAACUGGGCUGCUGAGAAUUAGUGAACUAUUAACCCACACUCCUGUGUCAUUACAAUGAUUUGAAAGAUGCAGUAAUCACAUUGAAAGUCCUCUGUAUAGGGGUUUUAACUGAGCCACAUCACUGCUUUGGCUGCUGCUUUGUUCGGAGGCUAGCGUUUUUUCCCCCAACUGAAAUGACUGAUGUGCAUGUAUAUACUCAGAAGAGAUCAUUCCUUGGUAACGUUACUGCUGUGACGGUGUCAGUGGCUGUGAUCUGUAGUGUCUGCAGCCAAUCCGAGAGUCAGUUGAUUUUAGCAUGUAGACUCUGCGAACAGAACUUUGUUAGUGAGUCUGAUCAGUUAUUUGUUAUCUGCAUGCUAAAACAUAAUUCAUACUGUACCCUGUGCAUGAGGGACCGAUUGUUCCCACUGCUGCCUGCGUUUGCUCUGCGCCUCAUGUUGCGGUGCAGUCAGCAGACGGAAGCCUCUGUUUUACUUGGUGCUUUUGGUUAAGUUGGGGAAGGAGAUGUGUCUUUUAAAAUGAUUAUUUUCAACUUGAACAUACUCUGAAGAAACAAAUGUAUGUACUGUCACGUUUUGUCUUUCUUUUUAUUAUUGUUUUGUAAAAUUGCUUUACCUUUAUAGUGGGCUGAAAUUUAUAUGAAAAAAAUAACAAUAAAGAAAACAUGUUGGAAA